GAGACGAGGCGGUUGCUGUGGACGCCCAGGAGGAAGGAAGGGGGAGAAAGGGAGAAAGGAAAGAGGCCAUGGAGCCGCCCCUCUUGCAGGCUUUGAUUAAUUACUACUGCCAGGAAGGAUAUUUUCAUCAUGUUCAGACAAUUGCCAGUGAAGGUGUUAAGAAAUUUGGGAACGACCCCAUCUUUGUUUUCUACCGUAUUUACGGGGCCCUGAUGGAAGGACACAUUCAAGAAGCUCUUUUUGACCUUGAAUCUCUUAAAAACAAGCCGGAAGUCUCCCUCUGCACAUUGAUGGCAUUGAUCUAUGCUCAUAAAAAAAGCCCAAAUCCAGAUCAAGACGUUAUCUUGGAAUUAGAUGCCAAACUGAAAGAGCAACGUAAGGCAGCAGGACAGGAAGCUCUGUAUUUUGCUGGCUUGUUCUUAUGGCACAUUGGCCGCCAUGAGAAAGCCCGUGAGUACAUUGACAGAAUGAUCAAGAUCUCCAACGGCAGCAAAGAGGGAUUGAUUUUGAAAGGAUGGAUUGAUGUCACCAGUGGGAAAGAAGCAAACAUUAAGAAAGCUGUGAAAUAUUUUGACGAAGGGCUACAAAAUGGGAAUGAUGUUUUUGGCUUGAUGGGCAAGGCACAGUAUUUUGAAGCGAGACAGAAUUAUUCAGGAGCCUUGGAGAAUGUGAAUCAAAUAAUAGCCAAUUUCCCACACUUCCUACCUGCUUUUGUGAAGAAAAUGAAGCUACAGCUGGCUUUGCAAGACUGGGAACAAGCAACUGAGACUGCACACCGAUUACUGCAAAAGGAUGCUCUUAACUUGGAAGCUAUAAAAAUGGAGGCUAUUCACCAUUUAUGUAGAGAAGGAAAUAUACCUGAGGCUUCCUCAAAGUUGUCGGAUGUGAUUAGUGCGCUGGAUAAACUGGAACCACAUAAUCCUCAGCUCUUCUGUAAAACAGCAUUGGUUUUUAGCAGAACAUGUGGCCGCAAUCCACUCAUCCUUCAGCAAACUCAGACUCUGGUGGAAAGAGCUUUUAGUUUAGCUUCGCACAACGCAGAUAUAGCCACAGAACUGGGCUAUCAGAUGAUUUUGCAAGGGAAAGUAAAGGAAGCUUCCAAAUGGUAUGGGACUGCUAUGGCACUCGACGAGACAAGCGUUCCUGCACUAACCGGUAUUAUCCGAAGCCAGCUAAUGGAAGGGAAGCUAGAUGAAGUAGAGCAGCAGUUGGAGUUCCUGAAUGAAAUCCAGCAGUCUAUUGGGAAAUCAGCAGAGCUGUCUUAUUUGCGUGCAGUCUUGGCCAUGAAGAGACACAAGAGACAGGAGGAAGUUAUUACUUUAUUGAAUGAUGUACUUGAUGCUCAUUUUUCUUCCUUGCGUGGCUUGCCCCUUGGUGUAGAGUAUUUUGAAAAAUUAAAUCCAGAUUUUUUGAUAGAAAUUAUAAAAGAAUAUCUUAAUUUUUGCCCUGCACAGCCUGCAGGUCCAGGACAGCCACCUUCACCACUUCUCAAACCAUGUGCAUCCGUCCUUGAAACUCUGGUAAAAACAGUUCCGGGUCUCCAGCAAGCUACCUAUUUCAUAGCAAAGGUGAAAUAUUUGGCAGGUAACUCUGAAGCAUCCCAAAGUAUCCUGCAGCACUGCAUCGAACAAGAUCCUUCAUACGCAGAUGCUCACCUCCUUAUGGCCCAAGUUCAUUUGUCACAAAACAACUUCAAACUCUGUUCUCAGUCUCUGGAGCUCUGCCUUAGCUACAACUUUGAAGUUAGGGAACAUCCUGUAUACCACUUAAUAAAAGCUCAAGCCCAAAUAAAAAUGGGUGAAAUAGCCGAAGCCAUUAAAACUUUGCAAAUGGCAAUGAAUUUGCCUGGGAUGAGAAACACUGCGUCAUCUUCAAAAUCAAAAUCAAAGAAAAUUGAAAUAGAUGGAAGCAACCGUGUAUCUAUUUACCUCGAACUUGUGGAGGCUCAUCGUUUGAAUGGUGAACAGCACGAAGCCAUUAAAGUCCUCCAGGAUGCUAUCAAUGAAUUUUCUGGCACUCCUGAAGAACUCAGAGUUGUGAUUGCCAAUUCAGAUCUAGCCCUUGCACAAGGAGAUGUGGAGGCAGCACUGACUAUGCUGAGGAACAUCACCCCAGAGCAGACUUAUUAUGUUCAAGCCAAAGAAAAAAUGGCCCAGGUCUAUCUGGAGUACAGGAAAGACAAGAAGCUAUAUGCAAGCUGCUACAGAGAUUUAGUGGAGAAAAUGCCAAGCUCUCACACUUUUCUGCUCCUCGGUGAUGCAUAUAUGAAUAUCCUGGAGCCUGAAGAAGCUAUAGAGGUUUAUGAACAGGCUUUGAAGAAGAAUCCCAAAGAUGGCGCACUGGCUCAUAAAAUUGGAAAUGCUUUAAUAAAGACUCACAACUAUGCAAAGGCAAUCAGCUAUUAUGAAGCCGCUCUGAAAACUGGCCAGCAGAAUUUCCUCUCUUACGACCUGGCUGAGCUGUUGCUGAAGCUGAACCAAUACGAGAAAGCAGAAAAUGUUCUUCGGCAAGUUUUAGAUCAUGAGUCUGCAAAUGAUUUGUCCUCUCUGAUGGAUGAUGUCAGGUACCAGAUUCUUCUUGCAAAAGUCUAUAGCAAAAUGGAGAGGAUAGAAGAUGCUGUUGUUUCUUUACAACAGGCUCGGGAUUCGCAGGCCAAAGUACUGAAAAGGAUUCAGAUAGAGCAGCUGGACGCUGUUCCCGUGCAGAAGCAACUGGCAGCUGAAAUUUGCUCAGAGAUAGCAAAGCAUUCAGCUACCCAACGGAACUAUGAGAAAGCAAUCAAAUUUUACAAAGAAGCUCUUGUUUAUUGUGAGACAGACAACAAGGUAAUGCUGGAACUUGCACGCUUGUACCUUGCAUACGACGAUGUGGAUUCCUGCCAGCGUCAAUGUGCGCUAUUGCUGAAGAAUGAUCCAGAUAAUGCAGCUGCUGCUAUGAUGAUGGCUGACCUUAUGUUCAGGAAACAGGACUAUGAACAAGCAGUAUUUCAUUUCCAACAGCUCUUGGAUCGCAACCCAGACAAUUAUGCAACAUUGUCGCGUUUGAUUGACCUUUUAAGAAGGGCCGGAAAGCUAGAAGAAAUCCCAAGAUUCCUUUCGAUGGCUGAAAAACACUCUCCCAGGACAAAGCUUGAUCCAGGUUUUCACUAUUGCAAAGGACUAUAUCUUUGGUACACUGGAGAACCAAAUGAUGCACUUCGGCAUUUUAACAAAGCAAGGAAGGACAAUGACUGGGGACAGAAUGCUGUUUACAACAUGAUCGAAAUCUGCUUGAACCCAGACAAUGAAACAGUGGGAGGUGAAGUCUUUGAACACCUGGAUACCGACACAGAUGCUUCCAGUGAGAAGCAAGAAUCUGUGCAGCUGGCUGUGAGAACCGCAGAAAAGCUCUUAAAGGAACUGAAGCCCCAGACUGCUCAAGGUCAUGUGCAGCUUCGCAUCAUGGAAAAUUACUGCCUUGUGGCAACAAAACAAAAAUCAAAUGUGGAACGAGCCCUGAAUGCCUUUACAGAGGUUGUUGUUAAUGAGAAGGACCAUGUCCCAGCCCUCUUGGGUAUGGCUAUAGCGUACAUGAUCUUAAAGCAAACUCCGCGGGCCAGGAACCAAUUGAAGCGCAUUGCAAAAAUGAACUGGAACCCCGUUGAUGCAGAAGAGUUUGAGAAAAGCUGGCUCCUGCUUGCUGACAUUUACAUUCAGUCUUCCAAAUACGACAUGGCUGGUGAAUUAUUAAAACGGUGCCUUCGUAAUAACAGGUCCUGUUGUAAGGCUUAUGAAUAUAUGGGAUACAUUAUGGAAAAAGAACAAGCAUAUAAGGACGCAGCAGCAAAUUAUGAGAUGGCCUGGAAGUAUGGAAACCAAACAAAUCCAACUAUAGGUUUCAAACUGGCAUUUAAUUACCUGAAAGCCAAGAGAUACAUUGAUGCAGUCAAUGUUUGCCAUAAGGUUUUAGAAGCACAUCCAAAUUACCCCAAGAUCAGAAAAGAAAUACUCGAUAAGGCACGGGCAUCUUUAAGGACUUAACCAUUGUUGUAUGUGUUUAUCUCCAUUGGAGACAGGGAGAAUUGCAGGAGAUGAAGAGGCAUAAAUGCAUCUGUGUAGUUUGCGGUGCUGUAUGCUCCAUUCGUUACUAUUGGGAAAAAUGCGAAGAGAAACUACUCUUGAGAUCUCUCUCUCCUCUAGUGGAGGAUGGUUUAGGACUUACGGGUCAGUAAAUACAAAUGGUAAUUGGUGUCUGUUACUAUCCACCUGUAGCUAUUGGCUGCAAGCCAAAUAAAUCAGUGCAAAGAAACAAGAGUCAUCAGCAAAGCUUUCUUUGAAGAUCUCUCUGUGGCACGAAAAAAUCUAUAGGAAAAGUCCCUUGCUGUGCUCAUGGUUCCUUUGGCCCACAUAGAGGUGAUUUAUUUGAGGAGAGUCCAUUGUUUUCAUAAUCGGUAUCUUCAAAGGCAGAAAAAAGAGGAGAAAUACUACUAGAAGUUUGUGUCACUGUAUAUUUUUUUAGCAGACUACUUAAUUUUUGAGAAAUGUUUUUCUAGUAACCAUAAUCAUGCAAACUAAAAAACUCAAUAAAUUCUUAUUUUCUCUGGCA